AUGAGGGGAGUGGUAGUUCCGCGGGGGGCCAGGUCUCUCCUCAGCCUGCGCUGGGAGGACUACGACUCCCAGCAUGCUCCUCUCCGCCCACCGCCGGAGGUGGCGGGGCGGAGGCGUGGCGGGCAGCCAAUGGGAGCGCAGCGGUGGGGGGGCGGCGGGGGGCAGGCUGGGAGUGGCGGUUGUUUCAAGAUGGCGGAGGCGGCCGCCGGUGCGGGCGGUGGUGUUUGCCGGAGCCGGGGCAUUUCUGAUGAAGAACAGCCAAUGAUAUCUGUUUCAGGUGUGUCUACAAAAGGAAAUCUAAGGACAAGGUGUUCACCAACAUAUCAAAGAAGUGGCACUGAGCUCAAGGUGCCUGUAGCUGUUGCUUCUUUUUCCAUGGAUUCUGCUAGGAGUGCAGGAGAUAUGACAGGUCAGCAGGUCACUAGUGAAGGAGGAACUAGAAGUGCUUCAUUAAAGGAUUUGUGUCCUGAGGACAAGAGACGCAUUGCAAACUUAAUUAAAGAACUUGCCAGAGUAAGUGAAGAAAAGGAGGUGACAGAAGAACGGCUGAAAGCUGAGCAGGAGUCAUUUGAGAAGAAGAUCAGACAGCUAGAGGAACAGAAUGAACUUAUCAUCAAGGAAAGGGAAGAUAUCCUUUAAAAAUAUG